UUAAAUAUUACUCUUUACAUGUGAAGUUGCCGGGCUACCAACUCGUCCGUGAUUGUGUCUGUGGUCGUAUGAUUUCCGAAAAAAAAUUAGAUAUCAUAGGCCCAUGCCGCCCACUUUGAGCACCUCAGCCCGCCUUCUCUAUUCUGGGCCUCUUUUCUCUUCACAUUGCGGAGAACUCCUGACGUACACAGUGAUUUGCCAUUUUUUUUCUCAACCCAUAUUGGCACGAAUUGAGACGAGAACGCCGCCGACGAGGCCCUUGACAGAAGCGCCAAUGUAGUCGACCGAGACGAGAUACCCAUUGAUAGUGAGAUUGAACUUGAACUUGAAACAUGUCGACGAGAAAAGCCAUGGUCAUUGGCCUGCUUUCAAGUUGAAUGCCAUCGGAUUGGAGUGUCUGAAGGAAAUUUCAAUUCAUCGGGUGAAUAAUUAUUGGUGCUUGUGUGACAUUUGUGCUUCAUCAUUUUGAACUGGAACCACGAGACCUUGGUAAUGACGCUCAAGAGACCUUGGAUCUGGGACCCCGAACCAUUUUCAGGACCAUUUUGGGAUCAAUCAUGAGAGAUGCCACUCAUUCAUCACAUCUGCAUGAGACGUCAUCUUCAAAUGGGGACACGAAGGGAGAGUGUAUUAAAACUGCUCGAAUUAAUCAUACGAAUGCGCCGCCAAAAACGCAAGUGCCGGACUUGUUUGAUUGGGAACAGGCCCAAUUCCUAAUGUGUGAUCACCGACAACAGCCACAACAUCAACAACAACAUCAACAACAUCAACAACUAUCACAUCAAGCAGACGAACACCAAAGCAACGUGUACGGGAUUCAGUGAACCUCAAAAUCAAACUCUAGACCCUCCCUAAGAAAUGUUACACAUGAUUUUCAUGGAUUGACAUGAAUGGCCGCUUCAGUAUAUUUGUCGGUGCAAGUUUUCAACGACAUCACGUACAAGAUCAAGAAGAGCCCUCUCCUCUGUCUCAUAAUGAAGUAGUGAUGCCUCCAGAUCUUCAUCCUCCACCUCUUCCACCACCACCACCUCCACCGACACCGCCGCUUCCACCUCUUUCAAUGGUAGCACAUGACUCAAGAACUGUUCAACAUGAAACUCAAUUCCAGUAUCAAUUUCAAAGCUCCCAAAAUCAACAUCAUCAAAACCUUCAUCAAGGCCGUCCCUCUCGGGUGUGUUUGCCUUCCAUAUCCACUUCAUGCCCAAGAACAAUUAGCGUGUCUUCAAAUGAUUCUGACUACUAUUGUGAUCAACUAAACAGCAGCCCUGAUGAUUCCAUUGCCACAGAAAUGAACCAGAUGGAGCCCUCUCCCACAGAGGAAUGGUUGGCAUGUCGUGAUCCGCGGUAUUGGGAACGACGUCGCAAAAACAACUUGGCGGCCAAGAAAAGUCGCGACGCUCGUCGCGUGCGCGAAAAUCAGCUUCGUAUAAAAGUGCUUUGUCUAGAAAACGCCAAUCAGGCACUUCGGAAUCAAGUCGCCCAAGAAAAACAGGCCAAUGCUACUCUUCGAUCUAAAAUUCGAUCUUUGGAAUCCACAGAUGAGGACAAGGAUUGAGACCUUGGACGAAUUUUGAAUGUAUGGAUAUCAAUAAAUUGUCAGAAUCAUGCGUUCAA